GGCAAAUACAAAAUUUAGUUGCAUAUGACCAAAGUCAACAAAUUGUCUAACAAAAAAAAAAAAAAAAAGUCGCUGGGGCGCAGCCCGUCAGGAGAGACAGAUGGCGCCAAAGCUGUUAAAACCCAAACUGCCGGACUCUCGUCGCCAUUGACGCUUUCUUCACUCACUCUACAGUCCACACAGCAAACUGUUCUGUAUCUUCCCUCCGAUGAGCACACGCAACGCUGCGAUAAAGACGGACGGAUAGAGACGGCUUCUGGCUUCGGCCGUCGUUCCCGCUUCAUCUCGUCGUCAUCAAUUUACCAUGAAUAGCCUCGCCUCAUUUCGCCCCAAAUCGAGAAUCGGUACUACCUCUUCCAGCAGCUCCUCCUUCUACGCUCGUCUACUUGGCAGCUCAAUCGACGCAUCUCGCACUCGUUCGCCCGCCAAUGCGUCCGAUUCCUUGGCUGUCCUUUCUCGCUGUUCGUCCUUGGUUCCAGCGCGAACCCUAACGGGAUCUUCUCUGUUCGGGUUCCGCAAUGGGAGCUCGGCCAGUCUGAGUAAUUUGACGGGAUGCGGAGGGAACCAGGGCGUUGCCAGGAGAUUCUGCAGUGAUGCGGCGGCGGCGGAGAGGGAGUCGAUGGAGUAUGAUGUUGUGAUCGUUGGGGCUGGGCCUGCUGGAUUGUCGGCGGCGAUAAGGUUAAAGCAGUUAUGCGGCGAGAAGGGGGUGGAUUUGUCUGUUUGUAUUGUGGAGAAGGGGGCCGAAGUAGGUGCUCACAUUAUAUCCGGGAAUGUGUUUGAGCCUCGGGCACUGGAUGAACUUCUUCCAGAAUGGAAGAAAGAAGAGGCACCAAUCUCUGUCUCAGUUUCUUCUGACAAGUUUUGGUUUCUCAAAAAGGAUCGUGCAUUUUCACUCCCAAGUCCAUUUGAUAACAAAAACAAUUAUGUCAUAAGCUUGAGCCAAUUAGUGCGUUGGUUGGGCUCGAAAGCCGAAGAAUAUGGUGUGGAGAUAUAUCCAGGAUUUGCUGCUAGUGAGAUACUCUGUGAUGAGAAUGGUAGUGUAAUUGGAAUUGGAACUAAUGAUAAAUUGCAAAAAAUGGAUCUAAGAAGGAAAAUUUCCAGCGUGGUGUUGCAUUGAAAGGUCGAGUAACGCUUUUUGCUGAAGGUUGCCGAGGAUCAUUGUCAGAGAAGAUAAUCAAGAAGUACAAUUUGAGGGAAAAGCGGAAUGCUCAACAUCAGACAUACGCGUUAGGAAUCAAAGAGGUUUGGGAAAUUGAUGAGAGUAAGCAUCAACCUGGUGCAGUUAUUCACACUUUGGGUUGGCCGUUAGAUCAGAAAACAUAUGGGGGUUCAUUUCUGUACCACAUGAGUGAAAGACAGGUUGCUAUAUGUCUUGUGGUGGCUUUGAACUAUAAGAAUCCAUAUUUGAGUCCUUAUGAUGAAUUUCAGGUAAAAUGGGUGUGUUGGUCUUUCAUACACUUUGGUUCAUGGUUCUGAUUCUUGUGGAGGCUUUCAACUAUCAGUUCACAUUCCUGGUCCAUAGCUGAAAGAAAACAUGAUAGUACAUGUAUGCAGACUAGUGCAUAUUUGAACGUAUAAGCUGGAAGAGCUUCUUAGUUGGUUUAAAACCUUUUCUAGCCAUUGAGUUUCUCCUUUGAUUCCACAGAACAUCUAUAUAUUUCCAUCAUAUGUGGAUCAUAAGUAUUUCAGGACUUAGUGAACUUUCCUUCUCUGUCUUUGUCUUAGAAACUGAAGCAUCAUCCUGCCAUCAAGCCAAUUCUUGAAGAUGGAACUGUUGUUCAAUAUGGAGCUCGAACUUUAAAUGAAGGUGGUAUUCAGUCCAUUCCUUAUCCAGUUUUUCCUGGAGGAGCUAUUAUCGGGUGUUCGGCUGGCUUCUUAAAUGUACCAAAAAUAAAGGGAACACAUACGGCAAUGAAAUCAGGAAUGCUUGCUGCAGAAGCUGCGUUUGGUACGCUUCUUGAAGGUUCGAACUUAGACUCCUAUUGGACAACUUUGCAGAAUUCUUGGGUAUGGGAAGAGCUGCAUAAAGCACGGAACUACCGACCUGCAUUUGAUCAUGGGUUUAUUCCUGGAAUGGCCAUCAGUGCAGUAUAACAUUACUUGUUUAGAGGGAAGUCACCAUUUACACUUAAGCAUGGGAAGCCUGAUCAUGAAGCUACAAAUGUGGCAAGGUCUCAUUCUCCAAUCGAAUAUCCAAAGCCUGAUGGAGUUCUGUCAUUUGACGUACCCACCUCUCUCCACAGGAGCAACACAAAUCAUGAUCAUGAUCAGCCGGCACAUCUGAAACUGAGGGACCCUGAAAUCCCUACCAAAGUGAACUUGCCGGAGUAUGAUGGACCAGAGUCACGAUACUGUCCUGCUCGUGUGUACGAGUACGUCCCAGAAGAGAGCGGCCAGUUGAAGUUACAGAUAAAUGCUCAGAAUUGCCUACACUGCAAGGCAUGUGACAUCAAGGACCCAAAGCAAAACAUUGAGUGGACAGUCCCAGAAGGAGGCGGCGGCCCAGGCUACUCAGUUAUUGGGCGAGCCCAAAGAGAAAAAAGUUUGGCGGAGAACGAUGUGCCCGGCAAAAUAAUCGCGCGGCACAAAGCCCACGAGCUUCGUCACCCAAUUGAGCGCCUUCCCCUCGCUGUCCGCUUCGUGGAGUCGCCGCCGGCCUCUUCAAAUGGAGCGGAGACUGUAGCUGUAGAAGGAGGACCCCGGUGGAGAGAGAGAGUAGUAGACGGCUGCGGCGGAGGUCGGGCGGCUUUGCAGAGAAGGCCACUGAAGUGGUUUUCACUAGAUAGGAACGGUUUGAACGCCGAUUCCUCGUGAAGGACUUUGCGAGUUUGUUUCAGUUCCGGCGGCUUAGUUUUUCGAGGGCUCUUGCUCUUCUCAGACCUUUGUAAUGGCAUGCGGGGUUAUCUAGCACAACAACGGUGUCUCAGUGAAUAAGCUCUUCAUUCACGAACGGUGAAUCAACUCUCCUUGAGCUUUGCGGAGCUGCACAGACAUUGGGAACUAUGCAGCAGGUCUCCCGCAAGAUGCUAAAGCUGGGAUUUGGGGUUCGGUUUCGUAUUAGGAAGUUAUGCUCUGUCCCAGGCAUUGCCCGAGUUGAUUAUGAAGACUGCUCAAUACCAGAUGAUGCUGCAUCUUCGAAACCCGACAUCCAGAUUCCUCCAAACAUGGUGGAAAUCAACUCUCAGUUGAAGCUGCUGAUCAAGACUAACCGUUUGACAGAUGCUCGGGAUAUGUUCGACAAAAUGCCUUGUAGAGAUGAAAUUUCAUGGACCACAAUUAUAUCUGGCUAUGUGAGUGCCAUGGACAGUGCCGAAGCAUUGGCAUUGUUUUCGAGGAUGUGGGUUGAGCCGUUGCUCCAAAUGGACCCCUUCGUAAUAAGCCUUGCGCUGAAAGCUUGUGGGCGGAGGUCGAGUGUGCGUUUCGGCGAAUUGUUACAUGGAUACUCAAUCAAAUCUGAUCUCGUUAGCUCAGUUUUCGUGGGGAGUGCUCUCUUGGAUAUGUACGCUAAAGUCGGUAAAAUUGACAGAUGUCUCAUGGUCUUUACUGAUAUGCCUCUGAGAAAUGUGGUUUCUUGGACUGCUAUUAUAACUGGACUUGUCCGCAUUGGCUAUUAUAAGGAAGGAUUGAUUUACUUCUCGGAAAUGUGGAGGUCAAAAGUUGUUUGUGAUUCGUACACGUUUGCAAUAGCGUUGAAAGCCUGUGCUGAUUUGGGUGCUUUGGAUCGUGGGAGGGAGAUUCAUUGUCAGACUAUAAAAAAAGGAUUCCAUAUCUGCUCAUUUGUGGCCAAUACUCUCACUGUCAUGUACAAUAAGUGCGGGAAAUUGGACUAUGGUUCACGUUUAUUCGAGCAGAUGGAGUUGAAAGAUGUUGUUUCAUGGACAACAACUAUAGCAACAUGUUGUCAAAAUGGGGAUCAUGAAAAUGCUGUCAUAGCCUUUAGAAGAAUGCGGGAAACUGGUGUGAGUCCAAAUGAAUACACUUUUGCAGCAGUGAUGACUUCUUGUGCUAAUCUUAGGAGACUUCGAUGGGGUGAACAAUUACAUGCUUAUGUUUUCCGCUUGGGAUUAGUUGAUCAUUUAUCAGUGACCAAUUCCGUCAUAACCAUGUAUUCAAAAUGUGGUCAGCUUGACUUAGCUUCUAGCAUUUUUGAGAGGAUGACUGAAAGAGACAUCAUAUCAUGGAGCACUAUAAUUGGAGAGUACUCUCAAGGAGGCUUCGGAGACAAGGCUUUUGGUUACCUAUCCCAAAUGAGAAGGGAAGGCCCACAACCAAAUGAGUUUGCUCUUGCUAGCGUUCUAAGUGUUUGCGGGAACAUGGCGAUUCUCGAGCAAGGAAAACAGCUUCAUGCUCACACAUUACGCAUUGGUUUGGAACAGGAUGCCAUGAUACGAAGUGCUUUAAUCAAUAUGUAUUCCAAGUGUGGUAGUAUACCAGAAGCUUCGAAAGUGUUUUCUGAGGCUGAAAAUGAUUGCAUUGUGUCCUGGACUUCCAUGAUCAAUGGUUAUGCUGAGCAUGGGUUGAGUGAGCAAGCAAUUACUUUGUUUGAGAAAUUUCGAACAUUAGGUUUAAGACCAGAUUCAGUUACCUUUAUCGGUGUUCUCACAGCUUGCUGCCACGUUGGAUUAGUUGACCUUGGUUUUCACUACUUCAAUUUGAUGAGCAAGGAAUAUGAGAUUUUUCCUUCAAAGGAGCAUUAUGGCUGCAUGAUUGAUCUUCUUUGCCGAGCUGGACGACUAAAUGAUGCUGAGGGCAUGAUUGAGAGCAUGCCAUUUCAACAGGAUGAUGUCGUUUGGUCAACUCUUCUCAGAGCUUGUAAGAUCUAUGGAGAUGUUGAUCGUGGAAAACGUAUUGCUCAGAAGAUUCUGGAACUAGAUCCUAAUUGUGCUGGCACGCACAUUACCCUUGCUAACCUGUAUGCUGCCAAAGGGAAGUGGAAGGAAGUAGCCGAAGUGAGGAAAAUGCUAAAAUUGAAGGGUAUAACUAAGGAGACUGGAUCUUCAUGGAUAAAGAUGAAGGAUGAGGUUUCUACAUUUGUAUCUGGCGAUGACAGUCAUCCACAGGCAAAAGAUAUUUACAAUGUACUAGGUUUGCUAUCCUUAAGAGAAGAUGAAGAUGUCAUGGGGAUAGGUUAUGAUCCCGUUAAUGUUGAAGAUCAGCAAAUAAAUGCGUUCUUGUAUUGAUCUGCACAGGAGGAUUAAUCAUUAAAUUGUCGUUAUGACUUGAGCAGGAGGUCUUAUUGGCUAAAGAUGUCUUGUGAUAUCUCAAAAGCUGAAUCUUCCACGUUUACUCUCUCAUUUGAUGGUUGUGAUUAAGUGCACAAUUAGCAUUGACCCAUUGGAUAAUGGGUAAGGCCUGGCUCAAGAACUUCCCACCAUCAAUCAAUAUUGGUUAAUCCACAUUUAGCAUCAGAGAGGGGUUGUCUGCAGUUUGCACAUACUGAAUUCUCGAUCCAUCAUCUUUCUAGCAUAUGAUCGAGAAGGUUCUUCUUUGGUGCAGAGAGCAAAGAAAGAAAUAGGUUUUGCACAGAGCCAAUGGCUACUGUCCACAGCUUAGGCAAUUGCUUUCUGCCGGGCACGAGCAGAACCUCUGUGGAUGGGUCAGUUACUAAUGUGAGAUCUUCGCUCUUUUAUGCCUUCGUCACAUGAUCCAUCCUUGCUCAACAUGGUCUCUUCAGGCUUCCUUGCAGUUAUGUUGCAGUUAGAGGACCUAAGAACGAAAUAAGUGAAGUUGGAGUGAUCCUCUCUCAUGGUUAGUGAAUAUAUACCUCCAUUUGUAAAUGUGAGCAAUCGCCAAAUUGAGAUUUGGGAACUUCAUCGUCUUAAGGAUUGAUUAACCACUCUCCUUUGCCAUAAGAUUUCCAAAUUGAUAACUACUGAUUUCUCCUGCCUUCAUACGGCGGGUUCAGUAAGUGGGUUUUCAGGGAUCUAGCAUAUUUGGCAUCUAAUUCCAGAAUCGCUUUGUGCAGUUUUGUGUACCAUGGUCGGCAUCUUCUUCGAUCAUGUUCUGGGCAUCAUUGUCAUUGAUCUGGUGGGGAGAAAAUAUUAUGAUCCAUCCCUGUCAGAUUGAAGCAGAGAGCAACUUGUCCAGCAUGACAUAGCAAGUGGCAAGAAUACCAUCAAAGGUUACUGAAUAUUGUCUUAGCCCAGCUGCUAUACAUAAUGAUUGGAUUUAUAGUUUGAUGUAAACAUAAAAGAGAAACAGUAACAAUGAGGAUCUGGAUUGAACUUGAAGAGCAAACUUAGUUUCCAUUCUUAUCGUUAGAAUUCUUUAGAUAAACUACAUUGAUGUGGAUCGAACUUGAGGAGCAAACUUGUUCACGUCACGUGAAUCGUUUUCAUCGUUUUAUUUAUUUAUUGUUAUGACCGAUAAGAUAAGGAUUUGCUUUUGUUGGGGUAGUAAGGA